ACAAAGCUUGCUGGGGGAAUUUUUUUUUUUUUGCCCAACUCUGAAGAUCUUUGUUUUUAAUAUACACUCAAGAGAAAAUGGAUCUGGUGGAAGUGCUUGUUAUGGCCCUUUCCCUAAUGGCGGUCAGAAAAGUCCAGUCCAAGCCGAGCGAACCUCAUGCUCUCAGAAAUACCAGUAGCAGCACCACAACUGCAGAAGCAGAAAUUCAAAAAUUACGUCUGAUGGAUGGAGGAAGCAACUGUUCAGGCAGAGUCGAGCUGGAAGUCAUGGGUAUCUGGGGCACAGUAUGUGGUGACAACUGGGACCUUGCUAAUGCUGAAGUUGUGUGUCGGCAACUUGGUUGUGGUUCAGCCUCUCAGGCCCUCCGUGGCUCUCAUUUCCAAAAUGGGACAGGACCCAUCCAUGAAGUGAAAUGCUUUGGGAACAAAUUGUAUCUAUGGGACUGUCUGUCCAAGAGGAGCCAUGAUUGUGGACACAAAGCUGCCGGUGUGAUUUGUUUAGGCUCACCGAGUAUCCAGACGCCUAUAGAUACAACAGAAAAAGAAACUGUGACUUCAGUCUCCCAUCUACCCACUCCCACUUUUACAACUCCUGAAGACCUGAAAGCAACAUCACCAGAUCGGAACCUGCAGAUGACCUGCAUCAUUCUGGGUUUUCUCCUUUUUCUGAGCAUUGUGAUCAUUAUUAUCCUCCUGCUGAAAAGACAGAAGAAAAAUGUAUCUGUCCCCGUCCUGAUGAAUCACACAGUGCAGAAGUUAACCACUGGAGGGGAUGUCUCCCUGAGCCUCCACAAAACAGAAGAUGUGUCCCCUUCAGCAGCCCAUGAAGACUCUGAUUCUGAUUAUGAAGACUAUGAUUUCAGCAAGAAGCCCCCUGUGCCUCUCUCUAAUUUCUAUGAUGUGUCCCCUUCAGCAGCCCAUGAAGACUCUGAUUCUGAUUAUGAAGACUAUGAUUUCAGCAAGAAGCCCCCUGUGCCUCUCUCUAAUUUCUAUGCAACUGGCGACCAAGUUUCACUACCCCACAAUUUCCCCAAACUGACAAUGCGCCAGGAGACCAAACGUCCAAAGGAUUAUCGACAACAGGAUACAUUAAGACACUGGAGCUCACCCAAUUUCCCCAAACUGACAAUGCGCCAGGAGACCAAACGUCCAAAGGAUUAUCGACAACAGGAUCCUAUGGACAGUGACAGCACCUCUUCUGAAGAUGCAGACUGGUAUGAGAACAUCCACAAACCACAGCAACACAUGGCGCAACAAGGAGAUGAACCUUCCUUUGCAGGCUUAACAGUUUUUGCCAAACUUUGGUCAAACGGCUUGAUUGGCUCUGAAAAUGAUUCAUCGGACAGCAGUGAACAUCAUAACAUGUGA